GGAGGCGGGAGAUUAAGGGAAAGACUUUGGAAGACGAGGAUGUUUCCUGAAUGAGGGCUAGGAGCCGGCACCAUGGCAGUGUUCGACACUCCUGAGGAAGCCUUUGGCGCCCUGCGCCCAGUGUGUGUCCAGCUCACCAAGGUUCAGACGGUAGAAAAUGUGGAGUGUUUGCAGGCACAGCUCCAAACCGUGAGUGACUCUGCCCUCCAAGAACUCCAGCAGUACAUCCUCUUCCCUCUGCGCUUUGCCCUGAAGACGCCUGGCCCCAAAAGAGAGAGCUUGAUCCAGAGUGUGGUGGAGUGCAUUACCUUCAUGCUCUCUUCUACCUGCGUGAAGGAGGGAGAACUGUUCCAGGAGCUCUUUUCAGAACUCUCAGCUUGCCUGUAUUCACCCAGCUCCCAGAAACCUGCAGCUGUGUCAGAAGAACUGAAACUAGCCGUGAUCCAGGGCCUCAACACGUUAAUGCACUCAGCGUAUGGGGACAUCAUCCUGAUGUUUUAUGAACCCUCCAUGUUGCCCCGUUUGGGCUUUGCCGUAUCCCUACUCCUAGGACUGGCAGAACAGGAGAAAUCAAAGCAAAUUAAAAUUGCUGCCUUAAAGUGUUUACAGGUCCUUCUAUUCCAAUGUGAUUGCCAAGAGCACCCAAGGUCCUGGGAUGAGCCUGAGCAGAAACAACUGGGGGACUUGUUUGCUUCUUUCUUACCUGGAAUCUCCACUGCCCUGACCCGGCUCAUCCUUGGAGACUUUAAACAAGGGCAUGGUAUUGUCGUGACUUCACUCAACAUCUUUUGCAGGACUGUGAGCUUUGUUAUGGCCGAUGAGCAGCUCAGAAGUACCUCCAAGGUCUGCACGAAGCCUGCAGUGGAGCAGCGAGUGGCCGAACUGAUGGUUGACCGGGCCAAGGACUGGGUCCAGAGCACAGGGGAAAAGCUGAAUCUUCUGAUUAAGAAGAUCCUUGAGGGCGUUUCUGUUCACCCACACUGGAGAGUGCGGCUGGCCCUGAUAGACCUGGUUGAGGCCCUUCUUCUGAAGUGUAGCCAAUCUCUGCUCCAAUCUGCGGGGCCCCUCCUGAAGGCUUUGGUGAGUCUUAUCAAUGACGACAGUCCUGAAGUCCAGGCCCGAUGCGGAGAAGUACUGCAACGGUUUGCAGGUCAGAGAGUUGUGAUGGGCAACCAAGCCUUAGCCGACAUUUUGUCAGAAAACCUGCAUUCCCUCGCCACAUCUCUCCCCCGCCUCAUGAACUCUCUGGACGACCAGGGCAAAUUUUCUACUCUCUCCUUGUUCCUUGGUUACCUGAAACUCUUGGGUCCCAAAGUUGACUUUGUUCUUAACUCAAUGGCCCAUCUGCAGCGCCUUUCCAAGGCACUCGUCCAAGUUCUGGAAUUGGACGUGGCGGACAUCAAAGUAGUGGAAACGCGGCGCUGGGACCCGAGUCACCUGAGUACUUCCCCUGACACCUCAGCCAUUCGGCCUUGGAAUAGGAUUCAGAGGAGAUAUUUCCGCUUCUUUACAGACGAGAGGGUUUUCCUCCUCCUGCGGCAGGUUUGUCGGCAUCUUGGUUUUUAUGGGAACCUCUAUCUGCUGGUUGAUCACUUUAUGGAACUAUAUCAUGAGUCUGUGGUUUACCGGAAGCAAGCUGCCAUGAUCCUUAACGAACUGGUCAUAGGGGCCGCUGGACUGGAGGUGGAGGAUCUCCACGAUAAGCAAGUGAAAAUCAGCCCAGAGGAACUGAGGAAGAUUGUAAUGUCAAUACUUGAAGAGUAUACCAGUCAGGAAAACUGGUAUUUAGUCACCUGUAUCGAAGCAGAAGAAACAGAAGAGGAGCUCAUGGUAAAGCACUUUGGCCAACACUGCAUCACAGCUACUGCCCACCUGUGCCAAGUGAGCCCUUUUCCUUCCUUCUCAAAGCCCAGCCCCACCGUUUGCUCCAUGAAUAGCAACAUCUGGCAGAUAUGCAUUCAGUUGGAAGGGAUUGGCCACUUUGCACACGCGCUAGGAGAAGACUUCCGCUUGCUGUUGAUGUCGGCCCUUUACCCGGUGCUAGAGAAGGCUGGAGACCAGACUCUACUCAUUAGUCAGGCGGCUACUAGUUCUAUGGUGGACAUUUGCCAGGCCUGUGGCUAUGACUCUCUGCGGCACUUGAUCAAUCAAAAUUCAGACUAUUUGGUGAAUGGCAUCUCCUUAAAUCUGCGUCAUCUGUCUCUGUACCCCCAGACCCCAAAGGUUUUGGAAGUCAUGCUGCAAAACUCAGAUGCUAGCCUGCUUCCUUUGGUGGCAGAUGUGGUUCAAGAUGUUUUGGUCACCCUGGACCAAUUUUAUGAUAAGAGAGCUGCUUCCUUUGUUGGUGUUCUUCACGCCCUCCUGUCAGCAUUAGCCCAGUGGUUCCCAGAUCCAGAAAACCUGCAUCCCCAAAAGCAAAGCAGAAGUGGGGAGAGAAGACCAGCACCUCUCGAAAAGGGACUCCAGGAGACACCUACAGCCGAGGACAUUGAACAGUUUCUGCUCAACUACCUUAAGGAAAAGGAUAUGGCUGGCGGCAAUGUCUCAGAUAGUGAAGAUGAAGAGGAGCAUUUGGACCCGCCCUCUGCUACCGAGCCUGAACCAGGUUUUAAUAUGGAGCCACCACUGCCUGUACAAAUCCAGAUAGCCAUGAAUGUGAUGGAGCGCUGCAUCCACUUGCUGUCGGAUACAAAUCUGAUGAUCCGCUUGAAGGUCUUAGAUGUGCUGAAUUUGUGUGUGGUGGUGCUGCAGUCCCACAAGAACCAGCUCCUUCCCUUGGUUCAUCGGGCCUGGCCCUCACUAGUGCACCGGCUCACAAACGAUGACUCACUGGCCGUGCUCAGAGCCUUCCAGGUUUUGCGCACACUGGGAGGCAAGUGUGGUGAUUUCCUCAGGAGUCGCUUCUCCAAAGAUGUCCUGCCAAAGCUGGCCAGUUCCUUGGUGACUCAGGCACCCGUCAGUGCCAGGGCUGGCCCUGUUUACUCCCACACACUCGCCUUCAAACUGCAGCUGGCUGUCUUGCAGGGCCUGGGCCCCCUCUGCGAGAGACUGGACUUAGGUGAGGGUGACCUGAAUAAAGUGGCUGAUGCCUGCUUGAUUUACCUCAGUGCCAAACAGCCCAUGAAAUUACAAGAGGCUGCCCGGAGCGUUUUCCUCCACUUGAUGAAGGUCGACCCGGACUCCACCUGGUUCCUCCUCAACGAGCUUUACUGUCCCGAGCAGCCUGCACCGCCCCACCCCAGCCUGUAUCCCAUGCAGCUUUGGGGGGCCACUGAGCCACAGAACCCCUACAAGGCCAAUGUGCUGUACCUGCUACAGGAGCUGUCCUGAGCCCCUUUGUUCCGAGGGCUCCCCACACUCCCCCGUACCCCCACGAGGCUGGUCCUGCUCCCGCUCUGGACAAGGAAGGAGGUGGCGGCUUCUGCAGAAUAGCCCACAAAGGCAGAGCACGUGGUGGAUCGAUCUCUGAACUGAUCGAUGGCACAGCUGCCAGGAACGUGGCUGACUCUUUAGAUUUCGUGCCUGGUGUUUGCAGAUGACAUUGUCUGGCAGCUCUCAGGGCUAAAGGCCUUAGUGAAGCAUCUUUGCAGACUGGCUGCCCCGCACCCUGCGUGCAACUACACACACACACACACACACACACACACACACACACACACACGGGAGUUUAGAGA